AUGCCGCUCCCUACCCCUGAUGUCGAGAUCAAGGCCUCAAGCGAGGCCGCCGAAGGUCUCGUCACGCGUUACUACGAAGCCCUGAACAAUCAUGCCCCCAUCCUGCCCUUCUACGUCAACUCGACCAGCCGCUACACGAUAAAGGCCGACAUCUCCAUCAACGGUGCCCAGGUCGCCACCCCGGCCGACUACUUCAACCUCCUCGAGGCUCAGGGCCAGGGCGUCCGCUAUGAGGCCGAGUCGCUGGACACGCACGCCGUCAACCCUUCGUUCCAAUACGACGCGCCCACAAAUAUUGCCAACCCGGACAAGGAGGAGCGCAACGGCGGCCGCAUGAGCACCGUCGUCACAGUCAUGGGUAAGGUGCAGUACGGCAAGGGUCGCGAUGCGCCCCGCAAGAUGUUCAACGAGACCUUUGUCCUCGUGCCCAACUGGGAGGCUAUGCAGAAGAAUCCGCCGCGGGGUAUCAGGCCGUGGCUCAUCAUGUCGCAAAACUUUCGGGCGCUAUGA